UAUAUAUAUAUUUGGAGCUUCCUAACAUUCACUUUAUAUGUCUCAUUCCUUCGAUUCCGGUGACCGUCAAUUCGUCUGAUCCUGUCCGAUCUCUUCAAUCUUCACAACUGAUUUUCGCGGAGCAGCUGUCACUUCGCCAUAUGCCAGUGGCAAAGUUGAAGUCAACCAGCACUAUGGAUGCAUUGAAAUCGGAAGAGGGGAAUGAUUCCAUAGACACUAUAAUCAGACAGGCAAUAGGAAGAGAGUCGGUUCUUUCUUUUCCAAGGACUGGUGAGAGUCCGGUGCAGUGGAUGCUUCAUGCUUUGGACCAGCAAGACCUUCCAGGAUGGCCAUUGCUGUCUCCAAUGAAGAUUCAAAUGCAGAAGUGUGAGAAAUGUUCCCGUGAAUUUUGUUCCCAACUAAACUACCGAAGACAUAUACGUGUGCAUCGACGAUCUCUCAGAGUUGACAAGGAGUCUCACAGAAACAGGGAUUUAUUAGGAUCUUUUUGGGACAAGCUUUCUGUUAGUGAGGCUAAGGAAGUCGUGUCAUUUGGUGAUGUAACACUUGAGGAAGUCCCCGGUUCUUCUGUUAUUAGGGCUUUGACGACAUUUUUACAGAAUCCGGGAUUCUGCAUGUUACCACAAGUAUACAUUAGAGCUGGGUCAGCACUUCUGGAAAUUAUUCAAGCUAGAAGUUCUCAGUUUCCUAUAACCUCCAAGGAGCUAUUCUCUAUCCUUGAUGAUGCAAGUGAGAGAACAUUCUUGUGUGCUGGCACAGCUGGAUCAAUGCAGAAGUAUGUUUUUGAUGGAGAGGCUGGGAAAAUUGGGCUUGAAAUGAAAAACUUAAUUGCUUGUGCAAGUUUCCUUCUCGAGAAGAAACUGGUUAAAUCAUGGUUAGCUGACAAGGAUGCUGAAUCUUUGAGGUGUCAGAAAUUGCUUGUGGAGGAAGAAGAAGCUGCUCAGAAAAGGCAAGCUGAAUUGUUGGAAAGAAAGAGACAGAAGAAGUUAAGGCAGAAGGAACAACAGAAAGCAAAGGACUCAACAAAUGUGGAAAAGGCAGAUACUGUAACUGUUGAUACAUCAGAAUAUUCUCCUCCUGCAGAAACAGCCAGUCCACCAUUUGCUUCUGAGUCAAGUUCAGGUUCCUCUGAGACGGAGGGAAAUAACAGUCUGCCAUUACUACUACCUGAUCCUAUCGAACGUCAUCUUGAUGAAGAAGUCGACAUUGAAGCACAGGUGGGAUUCAGCAACGAUUCUUCGUCCACGUGUCAGCACAUUGAUCAUCAACGGACGACACAAGGAAGUAAUCGGAGGUAUCCAGUUAUUCCUAGACGACAGGUGCCAAAAUCUCAAAGAAAUGGUAGAAAUGGCUUUUAUGCAAAUCAAAAUCAUCAUCAUCAUCAUAAUGGGAUGAAACCUGAACAACCGUCUCAGAGGCAUAAUAGUACUACUACUACUAGCUCCAGGGAUAUGAGGAGUGGUCCGGUUGUAAAUUCGAACAAGGUAUGGACUAGGAAAUCGAAAACAGGAAAUGAUGAGGGGGUAAAUGUGGAAUUAUUGAGAUUGCAGAAAGAGGUGGAAAAGGAGGCGGUUCAACGUAAUAACAACUGUGAACUGAUGAUUGGUUCCAUAUCUGUCACUUUGGAUAACUACAGUUGUUCACCUAAUAAUCGGCUAGAUAGUACUGCUGCAGCAGAGAAGAAUGUAGUAAAGAUUGAUUCUUCUAGCAGCUGCAGUAGCCGGUCCACAGUGAAGCUCUGGCAGCCUGUCAACCGGCAAGGAUCGAAAGGUCCAAUGGCAGUUCAAAGUGGAAUAAACGAACCAUCUAGGGACGAAAAUGGAAGCAACAUGUUUCUGCAACAACAGAGUGUAGAAAAAGAAGAAGAAGGUGCUCCUGCUGGUGUGCUAUUAUCCAAUGAUUCUGCAAAAGAUUUUCUUGCCCAGCGAUGGAAGGAAGCCAUUAGAGGCGAACAUGUGAAGUUGGUCCUCCUGUCUUCCCAAUCUGAUCAUGUUCCUCCUCCUCCAGGCAAUGUUGUUGAGGUAGUAGUCGGAUCACCCAAACGUCGAACCAUCCUUGGCAGUGCUGAGAACCUUCCAGAUACUAGUACUACUGCAAACGUUGUUGGAGCAGCAGUAGCAGUAGCAGCAGCAACAGCUAAGGUUCCCAAGUCCAGGACCAAGGCUCUCGAUAGUAAUAAUAAAGGGGUAAAACUCAAGUAUGUUCCCAAGCAGAAGAUAGCAGCAGCAGCUACCUGAAGAAGAAGAAGAAUAAUUUGCAGUGUUUCUAUACAAAAAUAUGCUAUUAUUAAAUCUUUGUUCCCUUUACAAAAUCAGAGAAAGAGUUGUCUUCUCUCAAUUUUUUGUUUCUUUAAAAGAUUAUUAUUUGUUAGUAUUGAUCUAGUUCCUUUUUAUGGUGGUCUUUGUUGGUUAUUAUUAUCAAUAACAUUUGGGUUAAAAGGU